AUGUUAAAAUUUGGUAUUAACACAAGAUACUUUGGUAUAUUGAAUAUCGAAUCAGCCGAAUUCAAAAGAAAACUAAGGAGGGUUGGCAGCAAUGAUCAAAACAAAACAAAAAAGGAUUUAUUUUUAAAAACUAAGCAAGAUUCUGCAAUUGUUAAUUUAUGUAUAUCAGCAGCUCUUGUUGCUAGAGUAAAGGAAGAUGUCCAUUUUGAAACCAAAGCUUUGAUUAAGAGCCAAAAUUCCAAUUGGUGGAUAUGUUCCAUUACUAUAUGUAUGGCUGGUAAUCAAGAACUUCGAUCUGACAUAGCUAUACUGGUAGAAAUUUAUCAGAUUCCGCAUCCUACUGUGUUGAUUGAGAACACAAAUGGUACUGAAUUUGUGGCAAUUUCUAUUCCUUAUGGAACAACUCCCUUUUGA